AUGGUACUAGAUGAGGGAAACCAGAGCUCUGUGACCACGUUCAUCCUGUUGGGCUUCUCAGAAUAUCCACAGCUCCAGGCACCCCUCUUCCUGGUGUUCUUGGCCAUCUACACAGUCACUCUGGUGGGGAACUGGGGCAUAAUUGUGGUCAUAAGAAUUAAUCCCAAACUCCAAACUCCCAUGUACUUUUUCCUCGGACAUCUAUCCUUUCUGGAUUUUUGUUAUUCCAAUGUAUUUACGCCCAAACUGUUAGAGAACUUGGUAGUGGAAGACAGAACUAUAUCCUUCAAAGGAUGCAUGGCACAAUUUUUCUUUGGCUGCACAUUUGUGAUCACAGAGAUGUUCAUGUUAGCAGUGAUGGCCUAUGACCGAUUUGUGGCUGUGUGUAACCCACUGCUCUACACAGUGGCCAUGUCUCGCAAACUCUGUGCUCUCCUGGUAGCUGGGACUUACUUAUGGGGUGGACUCUGUUCCUUGACACUCACAUAUUCUCUUUUAGAACUUUCCUACUGUGGACCUAACAUCAUAAAUCACUUUGGCUGUGAGUACUCUGCCAUCCUCUCUCUGGCCUGCUCUGACCCCACCUUCAGCCAGAUGGCCUGUCUAGUCAUUUCUACAUUCAACGAGGCUUCCAGCCUCCUGGUCAUCCUGGCCUCCUAUGUCUUCAUAGUUGUCACUAUCAUCAAGAUGCCUUCUACAGGUGGACUGCAGAAGGCCUUCUCCACCUGUGCCUCCCACUUGACUGCCAUCACCAUUUUCCAUGGGAUCAUCCUCCUCCUCUAUUGUGUACCCAACUCCAACAGCUCGUGGCUCCUGGUCAAGGUUGCCACUGUGUGUUUUACAGUUGUGAUCCCCAUGCUGAAUCCCCUUAUCUACAGCCUUAGGAACAAGGAUGUGAAGGAGACAGUCAAGAGUUUUAUCAACUCCAAACUGCAUUCUCAUUCAAGAUAA